AUGCCUUGUUCAUGUUUGAGAAGAAGAAGAAGAAGAAUUCAACAUCAUGAUGAAGAAGGAGAUAAAGAUAAACCAAUUAGGUCCAUGGCAGAAGCCAUAUUUGUAAUGCAACAAAGUCCAAGAAGUAGACUGGAACUAGAUGAUUUUGGUGCUUGUGCAGCUUCUUUUCAAGCAUCAUUUUGUGGUUCACAAAUUUCACAUAAAACUGGCCACCCUUUGCCUUUGCCUUUGCCAUUGAAUUCACCUGAUCCAUCAACGAGGUUCAGCGCCAGCUCUUCAUGCUCUUCUGUUUCAGAUAAUCGCAAUGACAAUGAGUUCCUCAGUGAAAAUGGCUCAUUUCCCACAUCCAGAAAGAGUGUUGAAAGUGGACCUAGUUCCUGGCCAAUUACCUCCUGUGCUGCGACAAGAUAUUCGAGGUCAUUCUUCUCCUCGUUGCAACAUCCAGUUAGCGAUAGGAGUUUCGAGUUCCAAACAGAAACCAGUAAAACUUUAAGUCAUCAUCCAACUCAUUGUCUACCUCGCCCACCGGUUUCUCCAAUCACAUUUUCUGCAGUUGAAGAUCAAAAAUGGAAGAAGGGAAAACUUUGGGGAGAAGGGACACUUGGUCGUGUUUAUGCUGGAUUCAACAGUGAAAACGGUAAAAUGUGUGCGAUAAAGGAAAUUGGAAUAGUUUCCAAUCCUCAUAUAUCGAAAAUACUUCUCCAACAACUGCAUCAGGAACAAGAUAAACUGUCAAUCUAUAUGGAGUGCGUCUCAGGAGGUUCAGUACUCAAACUGCUUAAGGAAUAUGGACCAUUUAGCGAAAAAAUUAUUCAGAGUUACAUGUGGAAAAUCUUGUGUGGCCUAGCAUACUUGCAUGACAGAAACAUCGCUCACAGGGCUAUUAAAGGGGCCAACAUCCUCAUAACUCCUAAAGGCGACGUCAAGCUCGCAGAUUUUGGAAUGGCUAAACAUCUUAUAGAAGACAGUGGAGCUGAUGGCCUACCUGCUGAUAUCUGGAGCCUCGGAUGUCUUGUUAUUGAGAUGGCCGCGACCAAACCUCCUUGGAGCCAAUAUGAAGUGGAGUCUGCAAUUUUCAAAAUAGCACAUGACCAAGAAAUUCCUGAACUCCCUAAUGAACUCUCUGAAGAAGCAGAUGCAUUAAGAUCGGGGAAAUUUCUCAUCAUUUAUGCCCAAAGAGUUGCUCUAUUGCCUAGGCCAGUGACUUGGGACUACUGCGGACUAUACCUACUUAGAUUGCCAUCAUUCCAGGGACCGCAAAGAAAACUAAGAAAGACAAUAUCUUUCAGUUUACCAGAUAUUCUAAACAAAGCAACAAAGACUUAA